AUGGAUGGGGAGCUGCCGGAAUACGACAGUGAUGUGCAAAAUAUGUUGGACCUCUUCAUCACAAGCGAGCAGGGCCACCUACUCCAGCAUGAGAAUGGUGAUGAGAUGCAUGGCCUGCUGGGAGCCACUACCAACAUGGGCAACACUGACGAUGCCAACGCUGCUGCUGCAGACAAAGGCAACAAUAACGAUGGAGAGAUCAAUAGUGAGCAGAGAAUGGUGACAAGGCGUGCAAAUUAUAAGCGUCUCCAUGGAGAACAAAUCCAACAACUUGAAGUUGUGUUCCAAGAAAGCCCUUAUCCAGAUGCGAAACUCCGGCAAGACCUUAGCGAGAGGCUUGGCAUGAGUGCCCUGCAGGUCAAGUUUUGGUUCCAAAACAAACGCUCCUCCAGCAAGGGCAAGAGGCAACUACAGGACACCAAAAAUCUUCAGGGAGAGAACCAGAUGCUAAAAGAUGAAAACCAAGCUAUCAAGUGGGUUGUUGAACACAAGGCAUGCCUCAAAUGCGCAUGGGUGAUACUAAAAACUCAGGAUACCUCGGAGCACCAACGUCUGUGUACAGAGAAUAUGAGGCUCAAGGAAGAACUCCGCCAUGCCACCGCCUAUCUUAAAGAGGGUCUCUACCGUAAUGGCAUGUGGCCCCAAUUUACCCGCAACUAA